CCUGCGCGUGUCUCUCAGGCGGCGUGCGCGCGCCCGGUGCUGUGGUCACUCUCUUAAUAUUCGCCGCCUUUUUUCUUUAUCUUUUAUUUCCUUCAUUUUCCUUCCCUCCAAUGGACUACGAGGGCAAAGUGUUCCCCCACGCGGGCGGCUACGGCCGCUACAACCGCGUCGUGGUUCUGUUCAGCUGGUUCCCGACCUUCGCCGUCACGUUCAACCUGUUCAGCGACGUCUUCUUCACCGCCAUCCCGGAGUCGUACCACUGCCAGGCGGACCCGCAGCUGCUUCCUGCCGCUCUCCUGCUCGCCAACUUGUCCCGGUCGGGUUACUUAAACCUCACCAUUCCGUGGGUUAACGGCAGCGGGCUGAGCCAUUGUGAACUUUACAAGUACCCCACCAACUCCUCCGACUUUUCCCCGAGUCUACCCCGGGAGAGGGUGAGCUGUACGCGGGGUUGGGAGUACCAGCAUGUGUCGGGGCUCCGGAGCAACUUCGUCACGGAGUGGAACCUGGUGUGCAGCAACUACUGGAAAAUCCCCCUCCAGCACAUUUGCUUCAUGACAGGAUGGAUUCUGGGAUACAUCUUCAUCGGCUCUUUGUGCGACUGGUUAGGUCGGCGACGUAGUUUCCUCCUGUCCAUCAGUCUGUCCAGCCUGUUUGGCGUGACCGUGUGCUUGUCCAACAGUGCCGUGGUCUUCCUGCUGCUACGUCUCUCUCAGGGCGCCAUGCUAGCUGGGGUGUUUGUAUCCUCCUACAUUGCCAGGUUGGAACUCUGCGACCCUCCUCGUCGCCUCAUGGUCGCCAUGGUCAGCGGCUUCUUCGGCGUCUUCUCAGAGCUGCUGUUGCCAGGCGUGGCAGUUCUGUGCCGCGAUUGGCCGGUUCUCCAGGCUGUUACCACGUUACCUCUGCUCCUGCUCAUCUCCUAUUGGUGCUGUGCGUCCGCGUUUCCCGAGUCCCCUCGUUGGCUGCUGGCCACGGCCCAGAUUCCUCGAGCCAAGAGGAGCCUCCAGGAAUUCUCCACCAGGAACGGGGUGUGUUUGCCGGAUGAACUGUUCCCUGGUGAAUCUCUGCUGUCAGAAGUCCAGUCCACUUUCAAUGACGAGUACCGGCCAAGGUAUUAUUCCAUCCUGGCCCUGCUUCAGACUCGUGUUAUCUGGAAGAACUGCCUCAUCCUCAGCUUCACUCUUUUGAUAGGAACAGGCAUCCAGUACUGCUUCACCAGGAACCUGCACAUGUUUUCCACCAACUUCUACUUUAGCUACUUUGUCAGAGUCACCACAGGAGCCAUGGCCUGCAUCUUCAUCUGCGUCACCGUCAAUCAUUUCGGUCGACGUGGAAUGCUUCUUCUGUCCGCCAUCAUCACCGGACUGUCGUCGCUGCUGCUGCUGGCCCUCACUCAGUACCUGCAAGGAGGCUUGGUCUUGGUGCUGUCUAUCUUGGGUCUACUCUUCUCCCAGGCCCUGGCCAUGCUCAGUGUCUUCUUUGCCUGCGAGGUCAUGCCCACUGUGGUGCGAGGGGGGUGUCUGGGCCUGGUGCUGGCGGCAGGCUGCGUGGGCAUGGCCGCCUCCUCCCUGAUGGAGCUGCAGAACAACGGCGGCUACUUCCUGCAUCACGUGAUCUUCGCCUCCUUCGCCGUGCUGUCGGUGCUGUGCAUCAUGCUGCUGCCCGAGAGCAAGCGCAAGCCCCUCCCAGACUCGCUGAAGGAGGGCGAGAGCCGGCGCCGGCCGCCGCUCUUCCCGUCUCAGCCCGACAGGGUCCACCUGCCGUUGCUAUGCCAACGACCCCCGCUGUCGGAGUACAGCCCCGACAGCUACUCCCGCCUGGUCAGCGCCACCAGGAGGAUGCUGGGUAAAGACAUGUUGCCGUACAGGAUCGCCGCGCCGACUCCUCGCCAAGCGCAGGAGAGCGAGCCGCUGAGGGAAGCAUCUUAAGUGACAUGAGACGCUCUUAAGAGGUUUGUGUUGCAUGCAGGGCCGGCCCAGGGCAUAAACACUCCCACAGCAGCCUGGCCUUGGCUUCUUGUUUCUGCCAUUAUAACAUUUUAUGUCAUAAAAGUGCCAGAAUAUAAUAAAUCUAUUUAUGUUUAAAUAGCGCAUAACUGUGGUGCAUUCAAGGACCCUUGAUUCAGGUUCAAAACAGGUUUUAAAGACAGUAAUAAAAAAAAAUA